AUGUCAGUUCCUACAUUUUCCACAAGUUCAUGUUUGAAAAUUCAUUUGAGGAUGCACACUAAUGAGAAACCAUAUUCUUGUGAGUAUUGUAAAAAGACAUUUUCUCAAAGUACAAAUUUGAAAUCACAUUUGAGGAUUCACACUAAUGAAAAACCAUAUUCUUGUGAGUUUUGUAAAAAGGCAUUUUCUUUUAAAUCAGGUUUGAAAAACCAUUUGAGGAUACACACUAAUGAAAAACCAUAUUCUUGCGAUUAUUGUAACAAAGCUUUUUCUGAUAGUUCUAUUUUGAAACAACACCUGAGGAUACACACUAAUGAAAAACCAUAUUCUUGUGUGUAUUGUAAAAAGACAUUUUCUUUAAAUUCAGGUUUGAAAAUCCAUUUGAGGAUUCACACUAAUGAAAAACCGUAUUCUUGUGAGUAUUGUAAAAAGACAUUUUCUCAAAGUACAAAUUUGAAAAAGCAUUUGAGGACGCACACUAAUGAAAAACCGUAUUCUUCUGAGUUCUGUAACAAGACAUUUUCUCACGGUCAUACUUUGGAUAUACAUCUGAAAACGCACACCAAACUUGAACCAUAA